GCAGCGAGCUGGUAGCUGCUGAGCCCCCCAGACCCAUCGGCUUCCAUCCGCCCCGUGCAGUCCCCGACGCCGCCCCGCCUGCAGGACAUGGACGAUCGGGAGGACCUCGUCUAUCAGGCCAAGUUGGCUGAGCAGGCUGAGCGCUACGAUGAAAUGGUUGAAUCAAUGAAGAAAGUGGCUGGAAUGGAUGUGGAGUUGACAGUGGAAGAAAGAAACCUGCUUUCUGUUGCGUAUAAAAACGUGAUUGGAGCCAGAAGAGCUUCCUGGAGAAUAAUCAGCAGCAUUGAACAGAAAGAAGAAAACAAAGGUGGAGAAGAUAAAUUAAAAAUGAUUCGGGAAUAUCGGCAAAUGGUUGAAACUGAACUGAAGUUAAUCUGUUGUGACAUUCUGGAUGUACUGGACAAACACCUCAUUCCAGCAGCUAACACUGGCGAGUCCAAGGUUUUCUAUUACAAAAUGAAGGGAGACUACCAUAGGUAUCUGGCUGAGUUUGCCACAGGAAAUGACAGGAAGGAGGCUGCAGAGAAUAGCUUGGUGGCUUACAAAGCUGCUAGUGAUAUUGCAAUGACAGAACUCCCACCAACACAUCCUAUCCGCUUAGGACUUGCGCUCAACUUCUCCGUAUUCUACUAUGAAAUUCUUAAUUCUCCUGAUCGUGCCUGCAGGUUGGCAAAAGCAGCUUUUGAUGAUGCUAUUGCAGAACUGGAUACACUGAGUGAAGAAAGCUAUAAGGACUCUACGCUUAUCAUGCAGUUGUUACGUGAUAAUCUGACACUAUGGACUUCAGACAUGCAGGGUGAUGGUGAAGAACAGAAUAAAGAAGCGCUGCAGGAUGUGGAAGAUGAAAACCAGUGAGACACAAAGGCCAACAAGAGAACCCAUCUCUGACCACCCUUCCCCCUCCCCACAAAAACCCUCAGUGUCACUCUGAGAACCACCAAAUCUGACUUUUACAUUGGGUCUCAGAAUUUAGGUUCCUGCCCUGUUGGGUUUCUUUAUUUUUAUUUUUUUUACACAGUUUAAAAGUUCUUAAAAGGCAAGAGUGAAUUUCUGUGGAUUUUACUGGUGCCAGCUUAUAGGUUCUUUAAGACACUAACAGGACUGGGUCAAGGCUCUUUCAGCAUUACUGUCUUGUCUCCUGCCAGCUGUGGCAAGGUUGCCAUUAGCAGUGGAUGUUACACCCAAAGGCUGUUAGACUGGUAGAGGAGAGAUUUGUUCUGGCCAGGUAGUGAGCAUGUGGUGGCAUUUUUUUUCUUUUUCUUUUUUUUUUUAUAACUGUUUAAACUGAAUUUUAUACCAAUGUUUAAACUUAGUUGGGUGUUUAGCUUGAAGUUACAGGUUGCAUUGGGACAUAUAUUGUAGUGGUUUUACUGUAUAAAAAAAAAAAAAACACACAAAAAGUUUCCAAACUGCUGAAAUGUUGCUGAAAAUCAUGGUGCUGGUAACAGUUCAACAAUCCGUGGCUGCUCAUUCUUGCCUAUUCUUUACUCUUCCUCAAAGCAGGUUAGCAUUGAAGGUGGCAUUGAUAAGCCUGCAUGCGUGUUCAAUAUUUUUUCUUUCUCCCUCCCCUCUCCCCAUCUCCCUUCGCUCGCUCAACCUCUUUUGUUCAGUAUGUGUAACUUGAAGCUAAUUUGUACUACUGGAUAUCUGACUGGAGCCACAGAUACAGAAUCUGUAUUGUUCUUACUGAAACACAGCAUGGAAUUAACAUUAAACUUAAAUAAAACAAACCUAAAUUAAA